AUGAAAGCAGCAAGUGUUACAGAUAACACUCAUUACCAAUCUUGUUAUUCUUCACCUUCAAUGGGAACUGUCUAUGCAAAUAUGGAUUCUUUAUCACUUAACUAUGCCGCUUCUUCAUCUCAAGACUUCUAUGUCUCUAAGGAGGGUACUAAUACUAACUGGUCUUCCCCACUUAUGAGAGAAUGUUAUCUUACAAGAAACUUUGAAGAAAACAACCAUAGUGAUGAUGCUGGGGAAAGUAAUGGUUCUGAUUCUGGUGAUGGUGUUGAGGAAAACAGUGACAAAAUUGACCUUAAUGAAGACCCGAACCCUAAUGAGAAUAAUAGCGGACAUUCUAAACUAUGUGCAAGAGGUCAUUGGAGACCCGCAGAAGAUUCAAAGCUCAAAGAACUUGUUGCUCUUUAUGGUCCUCAGAACUGGAACCUCAUUGCUGAAAAGCUACAAGGAAGAUCAGGUAAGAGUUGUAGGCUUAGAUGGUUCAACCAGUUAGAUCCAAGAAUAAAUAGAAGAGCUUUUAGCGAGGAAGAGGAAGAAAGACUAAUGCAAGCUCAUAGGAUUUAUGGCAACAAAUGGGCUAUGAUUGCAAGGCUUUUCCCUGGAAGAACUGAUAAUGCAGUUAAGAAUCACUGGCAUGUUAUAAUGGCUAGAAAGUACAGAGAACAAUCAAGUGCUUACAGGAGAAGGAAGCUGAAUCAAUCAGUUUACAGAAGAAUAGAAGACAAUGCAACAAGCUUUGUCUCAAGAGACAUAGAUCCAGUUUCUUCAUCCUAUUGUGCUUUCAACUUCCCAAAUGGCAAUAACAUAACUAGUUUUCCUUAUCCAUAUUUUCAUGGUGGUGUUGAGUGUGGCUUAAAUGGUUCAUCUUCCAUGAAUGGUGUCAAAGAAACAAUCUCAAGCUACAAACAGUCCCUUUCUCCUAUUGAUUUCUUUUCAGGUGCGGAUAGAAAUUUGUAUAAUCAACCAAUGAGUUUCUGCCAUAAUUAUCCCCAAUAUAUGAUGCCAAUGCAACAACAACAAGAAAGCAACAUUCACAACAUUCACAGUACUAAUAUUUAUAGUUUCUCAUCAAAUUCAACCACAGCAGCGACAAAAGCACAAAUAUUGAACAGUGAAGUUUCACUAUCAUCAGUGGCAGCAGUAGAAAGAGAUCAAGUUCUGAUGAGUAAUCCCCCUCCUCCUUCAGAUGCAACUCCAUUUAUUGAUUUUCUUGGAGUAGGAGCCACAUGA